AUGCAAUUCGCCAGGAAGGGGCUCGGGGACGACGAGGCGGACGAGGCAGCGAGCCAGCGAGCCAGGGGAGGAAGUAGGCAGCUGACACGACCCGGGCAACUACAGCCACCAGUAUGCUCCCACGCCGGCGAUGACGAGGACCAGAUAUCGACCGUGCUCAGCAAGGUCUGCGAGGAAUACAUGCACCACAAGGGCGAGAUGACGUUCGGGUGCAUCCUGCAUGCAGGCGCGCUCGGCACCUACUCCACAGCGGGCUCUUAUGCAAAGGCGCGGUACAGGUGGUAUCGAAGCGUGGAGGUUUGUAGACGACCUCGACGCCGAGGACCAUGGCGGAUCGUUGUGCGCAGCACGCACGAGGCCCUCCUACAGCAGAUUGAUGGGAGAGCAGAUCUUCGCCAGCUCCAUGUACGUGCUAGGUCGAGCGGUUCGCCGUCUAACAAGGUCGCCCUCUGCCCCCGGGCUAUGAUGGCCAACAAGGCAGACGUGCAAGAGUUCCUGCAGUCACUGAUGCCACUGGUCUUUAUCUCGCUGAUGCCGCCGCUGCGGGCCGCCGAGUUCCUCUCCAUUAUCGACACGAACAGCAGCACCCGGCGACGAUCAUCGAGCUCGUGCCCACGUUCCUCGCGGUCGUCCAGCCGCUGCGGCUAUGUUUCCUCCGGCAGGCACGGCGUGAUGCUCUCCUAUUGCCGGCUCGGUCCCCGUAACCCCCUAUAA